AUGGCGAGCCGGGGGCGGCAGCGCAUCGAGAUCCGCCCAAUCGCCGACACCAGCCGCCGCCAGGUGACCUUCUCCAAGCGCCGGUCGGGGCUCUUCAAGAAGGCGAGCGAGCUCUGCGCGCUUUGCGGCGCGGACCUCGCCCUCGUCGUCUUCUCCCCCGCCGGCCGCGCCUUCGCCUUCGGGAACCCCUCCGCCGACCACGUCCUCCGCCGCCACGUCCCCCUCGACUCCGACGACGGAGGCGGCGCGCAGCCUCUCCCGGUCCUGGACGAACGGGCCGAGCGCGAGGCGGCGGUGGCGGCGCGGACAGAGCUGGAGGAGGCCAAGGCGCGGGUGGGCGCGGAGCAGGCACGAUUGGGCGCCGUCGAGGAGAAGGUGCGGCUGGCCAUGGCGGGGCGGCCGUUCUAUUGGGAGGCCGACGUGGUGGCGCUAGGGGAGGCGGAGCUGCGGGAGUUCGCCAGGGCGCUCCUCCGGCUCAGGGACGACGUCCGCCGCCGCCAGAACGCGCUGCUCUCUGAUAAUGAUAAUCGUUAG